AAACAGACGAAGAAGAAGAAGAAACCCGGAAAAUAUGAGAAGAUGGCGGAGAGUGAGAACAACAACGACGCUUCAGCCGCAGAGCCGUCUAAACUAUCCGACCUGCUGGACGGCGGCUGGAAGAUAUUUGAGGAGGUAGACACUACAAACGACCCGCUCGCCUCUACCGCUAUCCAGGUGCGAGUUAAACGCGCUAUCGGUCAGCUGGAGGAGGCGUCCCGGAUGGUGGCUCAGCUCGACCUGUUCAGCCGGAACGAGGAGCUGGAGGAGGUCUCCACGGCGGACCUGAGGUACCUGCUGCUGCCCGCCCUGCUAGGAGCUCUCACCAUGAAGCAGACCAGCAGGGACAAACGACUGGAGAUAGUCCAGACAGCCCGGGCUUACUUCAUGGACUUCUUGAAGAGAUGUAAAGAGUAUAACGUAUAUAAGUUUGAACUGCCCGGUGAGACCAAUGACAACACGAGUCAGCAUGACGAAGCAUCAGAGGAUGGAGCCUCCACAGUCACGCCUGUCCCCGGCCCGCCAGACCUGGUUGCCAUGGCAACACAGAGACAAGCCAAGAUCGAGCGGUACCGUCAGAGGAAGGAGCUGGAAGCCAGACUGUCAGAAGUAAGGAAGGCUGUGGACAGCGGACAGGCCGACGAUGAAGUCAGCAGAGAUUUUUACCUUCUGAAUGUGCGGAGAUGGGUCACUGUGUGUCUGGAGGAAAUAGAUAGCAUUGACCAGGAGAUGGAGAUACUCAAGAAUAUGGACGGUCUGAAGCAGGGUGCUGUCAAGCAGCCAGCUCAUCCAGCCAGGCCUCCCAUGAAACCCUUCAUUCUUACCAAGGACGCUGUUCAGGCUAAAGUGUUCGGGGCCGGUUACCCCAGCCUAGCCACCAUGACAGUAGACGACUGGUAUGAUCAGCACAGGAAACGCGGAGGUCUGCCUGACCAGGGGAUACCCAGGAGGGUCCCUGUGGAGGAGAACACUGAUGCAAAGGAGCUGGAAGAAGAAGAUAAAGAGAAAAAGGCUGAAAACGAGGAUGAGGAGUCUCUGCUGAAAGCCAGAAACUGGGACGACUGGAAAGACACUCAUCGCAGAGGUUAUGGAAACCGCCACAACAUGGGCUGAUUGAUCCCAACACAAUGCUCUUGUCUUCAUUUCUAUUCUGAUCAGUCCAGGAAGUGAACGUUCCUCACAGUUCUGAUCCUUAAGAUUGGUUGUUGGUAUGAGAAGAUCACCAAACCAAGAAACACACCACAGCAUUGCCAAACAAACCCGUUGAGUUCAUUGACACUACUGUUCAUUUACAGAUGUUACUGCUAGUCAUUUUACAAGUUUGGGUUCAACAGUCCUCUGUGGUGUCAUGUUUUUCAGUGAGUCUUAAUAAAAAUCUACAGAUUUGGCUGGAUUAAAUGGAGCCCAGCCAUGAUGCCAAUGUUUCUGCUUUGUAAUGUGUAUUCCCCUAACACUGUCAUUGGAAAAAUAAAGAGACUGAACAACCAUGUA